GAUGAAAAGUUGCGGUAGACUCGGAUCCUGUCUCCCCAAGAAAAAAGUUCCAAAUUUGUCAAUUAAUCUCUCUUUAUAAUUUGAAGGCCCAGAAGAAAACAUCUCUCUCGUCUGUAGUGUAUAUUUUUCUUGCUAUCUAAACCUAGUGGAGUGGGAUUAGUGGGAGCAAGAAAUGAGUGAACACCACCAGCAGUACGGAAUGCCAGAUCUCCGGCAACUGGUGGCCGGAAGAAGUCAUUUUCAAGGAACCCAGCAAGGGGGUGAGCCAUUCUUUGUUCAAAGUAGGAAUCUCGCAGCACCACAAACACAUCACUUUGAGUCCAUUAUGGUUGGCCAUGAAGCAAUGUUGUCAAGUGGUUUAGUCAAGCUUGGUGGGCAUCAUGAUCGUUACUGCACCAAUGCCACUAAUAUUAAUACUACAAAUAGUGCUACAAUUGGCACUAGUAGUUCAGCUGGUGUUGGUACCCUAUAUGGAGUAGAAAUGGAAAGUGCUACUACUGCUGGGUGGAUUGGAAAUGAUGGAGGAAAUAAUAGUAGAUGGCCAAGACAAGAGACUCUUACUCUUCUUGAGAUCAGAUCUAGGCUUGAUUCCCGGUUCAAGGAGGCUAAUCAAAAGGGUCCAUUAUGGGAUGAGGUUUCAAGGAUCAUGGCUGAGGAGCACGGGUACCAUAGAAGUGGCAAGAAAUGUAGAGAGAAGUUUGAGAACUUGUACAAGUACUACAAGAAAACCAAGGAAGGGAAAGCUGGGAGACAAGAUGGCAAGCAUUAUAGGUUCUUUAGGCAGCUUGAAGCCCUUUAUGGAGAGCCAAGCAAUCAAGCUUCAGCCUCGGAAACCCAUUUUGUUAACAACACACUUCUUUACCAAGCUCCAAUGAGCAACACAAUCAACCAAGAAAGUCAAGAAACAUUUCAAGAAAACAAGCACAGUGAGAGUCUGAGUUUCUCCAACACAUCUGAGUUUGAGACUUCUUCAUCAGAAAACAAUGAUGAUGACCUUUCAGCUAUUGCUUACAACAUGAUGAACCGAUCAACGGAAAAACAGAAAGGGAUAAAUGAGAGCCAAAGUCUUGCAAGGCCUAAAAAGAGUUGGAAACUAAAGGUUAAGGACUUUGUGGACUCACAAAUGAGGAAGUUGAUGGAGAAACAAGAUGCCUGGAUGGAGAAAAUGUUGAAGACCAUUGAAGAUAGAGAGCAUGAAAGAAUGUGUAGAGAGGAAGAGUGGACAAAACAAGAGUUGGCUCGGUUCGAUCAGGAACAUGAGUUUUGGGCUAAAGAGAGAGCAUGGAUUGAAGCUAGAGAUGCUGCAUUAAUGGAAGCCUUGAAGAAACAUACGGAGAAAGGACUAGAACUGUCAUCAUCAGUUGAGCAAAUCGCAGUAGCCACUCAAAGGCACAACAAAAACCCGGACAGCGCUGGUGCUAAGAAGAUUCAGAAAGACAAGUUCAAUAACAUUACAUGGACUGAGCCCGAGAUCCUGAGCUUCAUACAGCUCAGAACCUCCAUGGACUCAAGAUUCCAAGAGAAUGGGUAUUCGAAUGAAGGCCUUUGGGAGGAGAUAGCAGCAGAAAUGGCUAGUUUAGGCUAUGAUAGGAGUGUGGAUGAGUGCAAGGAGAAAUGGGAGAGCAUGAAUAUCUACUUUAACAUGACAACAGAGUCUAACAAGAAGCGUAAAGAGGAUUUAAGGACCAGCAAUUAUUUUCAGCAACUUGAAUCCUAUAAUGGCAUGAAUUCAUCACCUUCUAACUCUUAUGUGGGUAGUCAAGUGAACGAUAACAGCUGCUUUCAGGUUCAAAUAAAUGAAGGAGAUCAGCAUUUGUGGAAUACUAAUAAGUUUGACUUGAAGCUCAGCAAGGAGAAGAACCAGCAGCAACUUUGGCACAGCAAGUAAUUAAUUAAUUAGUUAAUUAAGCUGUUUUUUCUUUAAUUAGCUAUGUAGAUGUUAAUUAACUUGUUGAUGAGAAGGUGACGUACGGUACAUUUAUUUAUUUCCAUAUUGUGUGACAUUUGGGGGUGAGGUUGUUCAUUUGUGUAAGUAAGAACUGACUAAGGAGUUUUUAUUAUAAGACCAUGAAAUGUCUUUCAUGGUCGGAACAAAAGGGCUUAGGGUUUUUACUAAAACAAUAGAUCGAUGGGUUUUUCUUAUCA